GCCUCCGUUUCAUGCACCAACAGCAGGUCCACAGCGUUCAGCCAUGUCGGUACACUAUGUGGAUGCUUUCAUGCAAAUCGCCCUGCGCGAGGGCGAGCGUGCGCUGCGCGAGGGCGAAGUCCCCGUCGGCUGCGUCUUCGUCUCCUUCGAUGCCAACGAAGAGGUGCACCGGCGACUCACCCGGGCGUCUACUUCGUCGUCGGCGUGUUCGUCCUCCCCGCCCGCAAUAGCGGUAGCGGAGGUGGAGACGUGUGUGGCGGCGCGCGGUCGAAACCAGACGAACGCGCUCCACCACGCGCUGGCCCACGCAGAGUUCAUCGCCGUGGAGGCGCUGCUGCGGCUGGACGACGGCACCGCGUCCGUCAACGCACGCACACACGUACAGGUGACAAAGCAUCCGGCACACAACCAGCACUCCGGUUCUCUGGCAAGUUUCACCGCCGCCUCCUCCUCCUGUCUAACUUCUCCUCUCGGAAAGUGUCUUCGUAGUCUCGCCUCCUACGUGCUGUACGUCACGGUCGAGCCGUGCAUCAUGUGCGGGGCGAUGCUGCUCUACAACGAAGUCCGGCACGUCUUCUUCGGGUGCCGCAACCCACGCUUCGGUGGCAACGGCACGAUCCUGGCGCUGCAGGGACCCUCGCAAGGACUCAAGAAGAAGAGCCACGGUGACAGUACGUGCACUGGAAGCACGUUGCGCACCUCUGCGUUGUCGUCAGCGACGGGACUGGCAACAAGUGGAGUGCCACCGCAGCAAAAACCAAAGCUGGAAGAUGCCCCAACGCUGCCGCCGCUGUCGGUUACCGCCAUCACAGCCGCCGCCUCCUCAUCCCCUCCGAAAGAUGAUGAACAACAACAGCGUGUCAGCAAAGCAGGCGGAAAAGAGGAGAUGGCAACCUCGUAUGGCAGUCAGAGGUGGUGGCCCGGCUACGAGAGCGAGGGCGGGCAUCGCGAUGCGGAGGCCAUCGCCCUUCUACAGGCCUUUUACGAGCGCGAGAACCCGAAUGCGCCGGGGCACAAGCGGCGACAGAAACCAGCCGUGGCGUAA